AUUGAUUUUGCAUGCAAAAGGGAGAAACAGAUUAGAUUAUUCUUUUAAAUGGAUGCUUGCAUUCUCUGUAUCUGAACAUGAACUUUAUUUGAGCAUUAAAUCAGAAGAAUAAACGUGCAUCAGAAGAAUGGCUCUGACUGAAGCUGAGUUUGAAAGCAGCAGCAUCAUGAAGGAAUGGGGCGGACAGGUCCAGCCGGCUUUGAUAGCAUCCUUCGUUAUCCUCUUCUUCUUGGAGGCCUGUCUUUGGGUGAGAAAUCUUACGAUCAGGAAAAGGCUUCCAGGCCCAUUCGCCUGGCCCCUGGUGGGCAACGCCAUGCAGCUGGGACAAAUGCCACACAUCACGUUCUCCAAGCUGGCAAAGAAGUACGGAAACGUCUACCAGAUAAGACUCGGGCGAAGCGACAUUGUGGUUCUGAACGGAGACGCGGCCAUACGCAAGGCGCUCAUUGAACACAGCACCGAAUUUGCCGGGAGGCCAAACUUUGUGUCCUUUCAGAUGAUUUCCGGCGGUCGGAGCAUGGUGUUCAGUAGCUACAGCAAGCAGUGGAGGGUGCAUCGUAAAAUAGCGCAGUCGACUUUGAGAGCAUUCUCGUUGGCGAACACUCAAACCAAAAAGACGUUCGAGCAACACGUUGUAGGCGAAGCCAUGGAUCUGGUCCAGAUGUUCCUGAGGCUGAGCGCCGACGGGCGAUACUUCAAUCCUUCACAGGAACUCACGGUCGCAGCCGCCAACGUCAUCUGCGCGCUUUGCUUUGGGAAACGCUACGGCCACGACGAUCCCGAGUUCAGGACUCUCCUGAAAAGAGUGGAUAGGUUUGGCGAAACCGUCGGCGCUGGCAGCCUGGUGGACGUCAUGCCUUGGCUGCAGUCGUUUCCAAAUCCCGUCCGAAGCGUUUAUCAAAACUUCAAGCUCCUUAAUGAGGAGUUCUUCGCUUAUGUGAAGGACAAAGUGGUGCAGCAUAGAGACACGUACGACCCUGAAGUCACCCGUGACAUGAGCGACGCCAUCAUUGGCGUGAUUGAGCACGGGAAGGAAAGCAUGCUGACGAAAGACUUUGUUGAGUCUACAGUCACCGAUUUAAUCGGUGCUGGACAAGACACGAUGUCCACAGUAAUGCAAUGGAUACUUCUGCUUUUAGUCAAGUACCCAUCAAUCCAAAGCAAACUCCAAGAGCUGAUUGAUAAAGUAGUAGGUCGUGACAGACUCCCGUCAAUUGAAGACAAAUGCAACUUGGCCUACCUGGACGCCUUCAUCUACGAAACCAUGCGUUACACCAGCUUCGUCCCCGUCACCAUACCGCACUCCACCACCUCGGACGUCACCAUCGAAGGUCUCCACAUCCCCAAAGACACCGUGGUGUUCAUCAACCAGUGGUCCGUCAACCACGACCCUCAAAAGUGGCAGGAUCCUCACAUCUUCAACCCGUCGAGAUUUCUGGACGAGACCGGCUCUCUGGAUAAAGACCUGAUUAACAGCGUGAUGAUCUUCUCGACAGGUAAGAGAAGAUGCAUUGGUGCGCAGAUUGCCAAAGUGGAGGUUUUUCUGUUCUCUGCCAUCCUUUUGCACCAGUGCUCGUUCGAGAGCAACCCCUCUCAGGAUCUCUCCAUGGACUGCUCGUACGGCUUAACACUGAAGCCGCUCCAUUACACAAUCUCAGCGAAGCUCAGAGGAAAACUUUUUGGCUUGGUGUCGCCGGCAUGAGUAAAAAUAACCAGCUUGUUCUUUGUGACUUAAAGGCCAGCAGAGACAGAACGUAUUACAAAUGUAUUCCACAUAACAGUAUUAGUAAAGCUGCACUGAAUGCUAAAUGUUUAGUAAUUGUAUAUUUAAUAUUUAUACACGUUUGCAAUGAUUCAGUGAACUGAUGUAAUCACAUCCAUAGAAUAUUUUGUCAGGUAACUGAAGAGAUUCUUCAGCUCUUAACAGUAAUGUUUUAAUUGCUUCAGGUUUAUAAAACAUCACCUAUGCUUCAAAAUAAUGUUAGUAGGACUGCAGUAUGAAAUGUUUAUGGUCCGAUGCUAAGCCACUAUCACUGUAGACAUAUCAAUUAUUAUGUAAUAUUAUGCAAUUGUUUGUAGCUCAUGUUGAGUCAUGUUAAUGGGCAGCAGCUGUUGGAGAACUUUACUUCCUAUGAGCCCGACUCAGAUUUGGCAUAGCAGUGCAUUUCAUUAUGCUUGCAUAAAACUGUAUAACGAUGUGAUUAUGUACUGCAGGUAUUUUAAGUAUUAGGCAUUUAAGCAUUUAUUUACACCCAUUAUACCCAAAUCUUUAUGCAAUGCAAGGAAAUGUGAGAUUCUUAAAAAGUCCGCAAGGAAUACUUUACAUUUUAGUUUUAAAAUUACAUUUUAGUCACAUGCCAAUUCUAUUACUCAGCAAAUCUUCCAGUGAAAGUCUGAAGCCUCACGCCGGAUGAAUUUCUGUUUCCUUAUUGUGUCAUUUCGAAGGUUUUCUCCCAUUCACAAAAAAAAAACAAAUUCUCAAAAUCAUGUAUAAGCUGUAUAAAUCAGAGCUACUAUCUCAAGAUAUAUUCCUAUAUCACGUUGCAUUUAUUAUGAUAAAUGUUUACACUGAAUGUUCUGUAACUGAAGUGCAUGUAUUCAGGAAUACAACUUUUUAAAGAAAAACUAGAUUUUUUUAUUUUUUAAAUGUUCAGGUAUUGUUUCAAACAUGUUUUCUUAUUACUAUUGGAAAUAAGCUACAAGUGGAAUAAAUAAAGUGCUAUUUUACAACCUGUGAA